CAUAUAGGUAAUCUUCGCAGAAUUAGUUAAACAUUAAUUUUGCGACCACUCUCUCUCUCUCUCUCUCUCUCUCUCUCUCUCUCUCUCUCUCUCUCUCUCUCCCCGCUUUCUUUUCUUUUUUUUUCGUGUGUUGGCUUGGCACUCUUCUGAUUUUCUAGUCUUUUUUUUUCUUUUUUACUUUUAUUAGUUUCUUUUUUGGGAGGGGCGUGUUUAUGUGGGUGUCUAUCUGGCUGGUUGGCAGACUGACUGACUGACUGACUGACUGACUGACUGAAUGGUUGACUGGCGAGAUGGUUUGUUGAGUGACUCUAAUUAGUUGGCUGACAAUCUGGAUGUUUGACUGACUGACUGACUGAAUGACUGACUGACUAGCUUAUUGACCUUUUAGCGGCGUGUGUGGGUGGUUGCAUAACUGACCACGUGACUGACGGGCUGACGCACUAUCUGACUGUGUGAGUGAAUGUUUGAGUGACUGACUGACCGAUACCGCCGCGUCUCUUGGGCCUGCAGGUCUCCACGAGUUAUCGUCACCUCAAGGGUGAGUGGGAUGCCGGGGGAGACCUGGACACAGAGGCUGGCAGGUCCGCCGAGGCCAGCAGGAGCCUGGCGCUGGAGGCCAAAGGAGCCAAGACGCAGCGGAGGUCCAGCGCUGAGAAGGGCAAGGAACGGCACUCGGCCGGAGAACAAGAGAAGCGACAGUCUCCAUCAGACCCGCACAGGCCCAUCAAGCUGAAGGUGAUUCCCCGCAACGUGACCGUAGGGCGCGGCAUCGGCUUGCCCAUGGGCAGUCCCCUGGCUGCCGCCCGCUCCCCACAUGUGCUUUGUGCCCCCUCGCCUGCCUGCACCCGCGCUACAAACACUGCCGUCGUUCACUCCUCGGGUGGCCACACACUUCUCCGUGGCACGCCCACCUUCCAGCAGGCGCCCACGUCCUUUGCCUCCGUGGCGCUGCGGUAUGGGCGGCGGUGCAGCUCCCCACAGACGCCCCAGUUGACCGGCUGUGCCUCCUGCACGGCGGCGCUCCACUCCGCCAGACCUCUCCUUCGGGCCCCAGGUCCCCGCGACUCACCUCCAGCAGCGGCGACCACUGGAGUGCCUUUAUCAGCAAGAACCACCGCACCCAGAGUGUCGGGGCCGCCGUGCCGGCCGGGGAGAUGGACUGGCUGCCCGCGCCGUCACCCUGUUCCAAGUAGAGCUCCUGGUGCUCGGUGUCCACGGACAACGACUCUGGUCCCUGCUGAAAUGGUUCGGAACUACAAAAGAAAGACUGAACGUGGGUCAGCAACACCCCAACUAAUGCAGGAGGCUGCUGAUUUUGUUCGAAAUAAGAAUAAAUCAGUGAGAGAGUCCACACAACUGUUUGGUGUCCACUACUCAACCUUACAACGAUUUAUUCACAAAACCUCUGGCAACACUGCUAAAAACAAUACACAUGUAGGAUAUGCCAAACCAAGACAAGUAUUUACAUGUGAGCAGGAAGAAGAAUUAGUAUCCUAUCUGAAAACAGCAGCAGCAAUUUAUUUUGGUCUUUCUCCGAGAGAAGUCAAGGAACUGGCUUUCAAAUGCGCCAAUGAAGCAAAGAUAGAAAUGCCUGAUAAUUGGCGCAAUGAUAAAUAUGCUGGAAAAGACUGGUUUUCAGGUUUCAUGAAGCGACAUGGACAAGAACUCUCAAUUAGACAACCUGAAGCGACAAGUUUGUCCAGAGCUACAAGUUUCAACAAGCAUAAUGUAGAGUUAUUUUUCUCCAAGCUUUCUUCUCUCAUGGAUAAGUAUAAAUUUGAACCUCAAGACAUAUGGAAUGCUGAUGAAAGUGGAGUGACAACUGUUCAGAAACCUCGUGCAGUGGUAGCAGUUAAGGGCACAAAGCAAGUUGGCUCUCUUACCUCAGCUGAGAGAGGACAACUUGUUACAUUUUGUGUUGCUGUCAAUGCCAUUGGAGGGUCUGUUCCUCCCAUGUUGAUAUUUCCACGGAAAAACUACCAUGAUCAUUUCAUAAGGGAUGGCCCAGAAGGAUCAAUUGGAGCCUGUCACCCUUCUGGAUGGAUGACACAGGAUAACUUCUUACUGUUUAUGAAGCAUUUCAUUAAGCAUACAAAAGCAACUGUCGAGAAACCUAUCUUGCUGUUGCUAGAUAAUCACCAAUCUCAUGUUAACUAUGAUGUUAUCACAUUAUGCAAGGAAAAUGGAGUGGUUUUGCUGUCAUUUCCUCCACACUGCUCCCACAAGUUGCAGCCCUUAGAUAGGUCAGUUUAUGGACCUUUCAAGCGUUACCUGAGUUCAGCUCAGAAUGACUGGUUACGGAGUAAUCCUGGAAAAAGAAUGACCAUUUACGACAUUCCUUCUCAAGUAAAAAAAAGCUUUUCUGAGAGCUUCAACUCCCAUUAACAUCACGAGUGGCUUUAAAGUCAGCGGCAUCAGUCCUUUGAAUACAAAUAUCUUUGAUGACUGGGAGUUUGCUCCCUCUUCAGUAACGGAUCGCCCAGUGAGGCAGCAAUGUGAACAGGAUGCGGCCAAAGCAAUGCAAGAUGUCUCAGAGGUUUCAAAAUCGAUAGAUGAACAUUGGUUUUCUUCCACUUCUGCAUCAAUGGAACCCCAUCCUUCCUCUUCUACAGCCAGUGAACCCCUUCCUUCCACUUCAACUGCAGUAGGACCACAACCAGCAGUAGCCUAGCUUCUUCCAUUACUGAUCAAGUUGAAACUGCAAAUGUUGGUGAGUCUUCCCUUUGCCCAGAAAAAAUCAUGCCACAUCCAAAAGCAACACCUCGGAAAAAGAAAUGUAAUACAGGCAGAAAAGCACGUAAAAGUGCCAUAUUAACAGACACACCUGAAAGAAAUGCUCUGUUUGCUGAAGCCAUUAAGAAAAAAAACAAAAAGAAUGAUGUCAAAGAAAAGAAAGCCACCAAGAAAAGGAAGCAGGAGUUUUUACACAAAGUUCGAUCCAAAAAACCUGUUGAAAAGUACGACAUAUCCAGCUCAGACGACGAAGACUGGUAUUGUCUGAUUUGUGUAGAACCAUAUUCCAAUAGCAGGCCCCGGGAGAAAUGGAUUCAAUGUAGUACAUGCAGAGGAUGGUCUCAUGAGGAAUGUUUGGGAACAGAUGGAGGUAUAAUUUUAUAUUAUAUUUGUCAUAACUGUGAAUCUGAUGAUGAAUAAAUUUAAGGUUCAUCGGUUCAGUUUA